AUGAUUCUCGGCCCCGUAUCCCUCAUCGACUGCGCCGUCUUCUGCGUCUUUCUUGCACCUCAGCUCAUCCUCCACAUUGGCCUCUUCCGCACAAUCUACUUCGCGCUACGCGCUCUGCCCUUUCUGGUAUUGCGCAUGCCGGCAUCGCUUGCGAAGGAGAGGUUCAUCCUACGACGCGACCAGCGGUCGCCAUUCGUGGCGCGGGCGACGUUAUUUGAGGAUCUCGUCAUACGGUGCGUGCGGUAUGCCUUCGCAGAGAUCCCAGCAAAUGUCGGGCGCGUCUUCUUCUCCAAGGCCGUGGCGCUGCCGUUUUUACGGUGGAGGAUGGCGCGCCAUGGGUUUGUGAGGUCGCCCGUCACGUGGAAAGAGUACAAGCAGGAGGGACCGGAUGGCUUUCGGGGCAUCUGGAUCAGCGCGGACCCGUCCAUGGUGCCUGAUAUGGUCCUCUAUUACGUGCACGGCGGCGGCUUCGCCAUGGGAUCGACAUACUUCUACCUUGAGUUUCUGCUUGCGUGGCAUGCGCUACUUUGCAAAGCUGGGUACCGCAACCCGGCCAUUUUUGCGCUUGAGUACUCGCUUGUGCCCGACCAAACGUAUCCUGCGCAAGUGCACGAGACAUUGAGAGGCUAUAGACAUGUUCUCUCUGCAGUGGGAGAUCCCGCGAAGGUCGUAGUGGGAGGAGAUUCUGCGGGAGGCACACUCGUGCUCACGAUGCUCUUGGAACUCGGCCAGUUGAGCAGCGCGAGGGCGUGUAAAAAGAAGUUCGAGCAGGAGGUGCCGAACAGCGAGCGUCAGCAGUAUUGGAGGAGCGCAUACGAGACACCCCUGCCGGGGUUAGCGGUCCUCAUCUCACCGUGGGUAACGCUUAUAUCCGACAAGCACGACAACUCAACGAGUGACUAUCUCGACAAGUAUCAGUUGCACGAGUACGCCAUGCAGUAUGCCGGCCGAGACCACAUAUCAGACCAUACGGCAUCACCGGGCCUGUGUACGGACCGCCAGUUGUGGGCGAAUGCCAGUCCGCGCUGCGGGUUCUUCGUCAUGUACGGGUCUGAGGAGGUGUUUGCGCCCGAGAUCAAGGAAUUCAUCAAGACAGCCGUCCGCUCUGCCGAAGUAGACAGCCGUAAGGAGACGGGAGGGAUCCACGCGUGGCCUGUGGCGUCGCUAUUCUUGUCGAGCGCGGAGGAACAGCGGCUGAGGGGGCUGAGAACGCUAACUGUAUCCAUUAGAAAACACAUACUCUGA